AUGGAAGGCGCGGAAGAUCUUAAUGUUGUAGGCGGCAUACAAUCUAUAAUAAAGAGGGAUGAAGACUAUUUAAUUAAUUUCAAAACUGGUGAAAAGGCCAAGAUAUAUAUCAUAAACAAUCAUGUCUUCAGAUAUUAUGUGUCACCGACUGGAGUGUUCUUAGAUUAUCCGAUACCAAACAAUCCAGACGACGUUGCAAAAAUCACUGUGAAAGAUGUAGAUGAUUACGACAAAGAAGCUUUUGAGAAAUCAAGUAUAAAGGAACUUAAUAAAUAUUAUCGAAUUGACAUAAAUAAAGUUCAAAUACAAUUUGAUAAGAUAAAAGCAACAAUGACAGUGUUCGAUUACAGAACUAAAAGAGAAGUACUAAAGGAAUCGAAUGCUUUGUUGUAUAGUGCCGAUAAAUCAAUACAGUCACUUUAUCAAGGUAAUGAUGAGUACUUCUUUGGUGGGGGCAUGCAAAAUGGAAGAUUUUCACAUAAAGGAAAUGUUAUAUACAUACUGAACACCAACAACUGGGUAGACGGUGGAGUAGCUUCGCCUUGCCCAUUUUAUUGGUCCUCUAAAGGUUACGGAGUUUUAAGAAAUACUUGGCAGCCCGGAGUUUACGACUUUGGGUCUAAAUCCCCUAGCAAAAUAGUGACAACUCAUAAUGAAGACCAUUUCGACGCAUUUUUCAUUAUCAAUUCUCAACCAAGUGAGAUUCUACGUGAUUAUUACGAAUUGACUGGACAACCUAUUUUAAUGCCUGAAUAUGCUUUUUAUCAAGCGCACUUAAAUGCGUUUAACCGUGAUUAUUGGGUUAAAGUCAGUGGUAAGACGCCUGGUGCGAUAUUAUUCGAGGACAACAAUUACUACAAAAAGUACAAGCCAAAUGAAAUUGGUCAUAAAAAAGGAAUUUUGGAAUCAUUAAACGGGGAAAAAAAUAACUACCAGUUUUCGGCAAGAGCAAUGAUUGACCGUUAUAAAAAACACGAUAUGCCGUUAGGUUGGUUUAUACCGAAUGAUGGGUAUGGAUCUGGAUAUGGACAAACCGAUUCUCUAGAUGGAGAUAUUGAGAAUUUAAAACAAUUUACUGAUUAUGCCACAGAAAACGGCGUUGAAGUUGCGCUUUGGACCGAAUCUAAUCUUUCUCCUGCCGAUCCAUCACAUCCUAAAAAAGGAGAGAGGGAUUUGAGCAAAGAACUAAGUGUGGCUAAAGUUGUUGCGCUUAAAUGUGACGUGGCCUGGAUUGGCAGUGGCUACUCAUUUGGCUUAAACGCCGUCGACGAAGUCACAAAGAUCUUCGUCUCGAAUACAAAAAUAAGACCAAUGAUUAUAAUGGUUGAUGGUUGGGCUGGAACACAACGCUAUUCUGGAAUUUGGAGUGGUGAUCAAACUGGAGGACAAUGGGAGUACAUACGUUUUCACAUACCCACAUAUAUCGGGACAGGUCUUUCCGGCCAACCCAUAGUCGGCUCAGACAUGGAUGGUAUAUAUGGGGGGAAAGAGAAAGAAGUAAAUAUUCGUGAUUACCAGUGGAAAACCUUCACACCUUUACAGUUAAAUAUGGACGGGUGGGGGAACAUUCCAAAAACUCCAUUCAGUUUUGAUGACGAAGCUACUAGCGUAAAUAGGGCAUAUUUAAAACUAAAAUCAAUGCUUAUGCCUUAUAAUUAUACUAUCAGCCAUGAAUCUAUAACAGGCCUGCCAAUGUUAAGAGCAAUGUUCCUAGAAUUUCCAAAUGAAAUCAUUGCCUACACUAAGGAAUGCCAAUACCAAUUUAUGUGGGGGCCAUACAUUUUAGUUGCACCGGUAUACAAAGAGGGUUUUAAGCGUGACGGAAUUUUUUUACCAGAUAAGAAACAGGUAUGGAUAGACUAUUUUACUGGUAAAAAAUAUCAAGGAGGAAAAAUUAUUAAUAAUUUUGCCACUCCAUUAUGGAAGAUUCCAGUAUUUAUAAAAGACGGAGCGAUAAUACCGAUGACGAAUCCAAAUAACAAUCCCAGUGAAAUAGAUAGGAGUAAUAGAACUAUUACUCUAUAUCCAAAUAAUCAAUCAAAGUUUGAAGUUUAUGAAGACGACGGCGUAUCUUCUGAUUAUCUGAAUGGGCACUUCGCUACAACAGAAAUAGUUGUAGACGCUCCGAAAUCCAAUAAGAAUGGACACCUUUUAAUAAAUAUUGAAAAGACAAAAGGUUCUUAUAUGGGUAUGAUUAAAGAAAGAACUACUUUACUACAAAUAAUGGCUUCCAAUGAUGUCAAUCACAUAAAAGUAGCAAUGAAUGGCGAAACUCUUCAAGUCACAAAAGCUAAUGAUUUUGAAGAUUUUGAAAGAUCUGAUAAUACAUAUUACUUCAAAAAAGACUUUGAAGUUAAUCCAUAUUUAAAAAGCUUUAAUGAUGCACUGCAAACAGUUUUAUUGAUUAAAAUCCAAAGGCUGGAUAUAACUUCCAACCAUUUACAAAUAAAAAUUAAACAUUUCACAAACAGUUAUAGAGUACUUGGUGAAUACGAAGACGAUAAUAUAACUUUGAAAACCCCUGAUAAUUUUAAAGUUCUAGCUGAUGAUACAAGUCCCACGAAGAUAUCACUUCAAUGGUCUCCUGUAAUUGGAGCAAACUAUUAUGAAAUUGAAAAAGACAAUAUAAUUUACAGUAAUUUAGACACGACACAAUUAACAUUUGAAGAUUUUGAAUACAAUACGCAGCAUUUAUUUAGAAUGCGCGCUAUAAAGGACGACGGUGUAUCCGAAUGGAGUGAUUACGUGAGUGCACACACAUUGGAAGAUCCCGGUUUCAUUUAA